UUUAGGCUAUGAGAAUUUCAUUAAAGGUCAAAAUUAAAGGACUAGGACAACAAAAAUAACAAAAUUAAAUUGACAAAAAUAAACACCAAUUUUUUUUUAAAAAAAUAUACGCAGCAGGUGUCGAACCCAGGUUACACUGCUACAAAUGGGUGUAGUUAACCAAUGGGACAAAGUAAGUAUUGUGAUUAUUUUGUAAUCGUUUGAAAAUUAACCUUUCGCCUAUGUUCUUAUUUUGACGCAAAACCUUUAAUUCGUCCAUCUUCUUGAUUGGAACUGAACUUUCCUCUUUUGUUCAUCCGCGAUUCUCGUUGUUCUUGUUGGAAUAUUAUUUUAUUUUUUUUAAGCAAAUUCCUUAUUCUGCUGGAUUUCUUAAAAUCGAUUUGGAAUUUUUUAAUUUUCAACAAUUGUUCCCUCCAAAAAUAAUCCCGCAAUAUGUGGGAUAUAGAAACUACAAUUAGGGUUUUUUUUUUCUUUUCUCUGGGAUAUAGAAACUACAACAAAAUCGACUGGUUCCUUAGAGAGAAUAACUGUUGACGAUUAAAAACUUCCAUCUCGAUUUUGUGGACUUCGGAACUGAGUGACGGAUUCGACUUGCUUGCACGAAUUCAGCACUAAAAUGUCCAGAUUUGGAGGGAAGACGCCUUCUAAUCAUGAUGAUACGACUCCAAAUGAUUAUGAACAACAAAGACUCAGGCAUAUUAAAUCUAACAAGCUGAAAAUGCAAACUUUAGGUAUAAAGCGCAUUGCUGCUUGUGUGACAAGUUUGGUGGAUAGCUCAAAACCUCAGAAAAGACGACAAAAAUGUAAUUUUACACUUGAGAAAGAUGGUGACUAUGUGCCUGACGAGGAUGAGGAAGAUGAGCGUGAGGAUCAAACUCAAAUUAUGACUACAAAUAAAAAGGUUAAAAAUAAUGAGAUCAAAGGAGGAGGGAAAAAAAACAAAUUUAUUGCACCGAUGUCAGUUGCCAAGUUAUUAAGAUCAAGACUGAACAAGGAAAAACAAGCAGCACAUGGAACAAAAGAAGUGGGAACAAUUAAAGAAACCCUCUCAACUUUACAAGAAGACCUUCAACGACAAAAGACGUUAAAGGAUAGGCAAAGCAAUAAUCUCCAUAGAGUUGAUUUAGAGCAUGAUGAGAGGCAACUUGUUGAGAACAAUGAUAAUAAUGCUUUAGAAGAUCAAGAAGGCGGUAAGGAUCUAGACGAGACAAGAAACUAUGGUUUAGAAAAUCAAGAAAAUAAUAUCAUUUCAAACACGUUGAGAAAUCAUGACGAGGAGACACUUGCUGACAAGGAGGGGGGAGAGGAUAAUUCUGCAAACAAGAAAAAGAAGAAAACAUACAAGACCGUCACUCCUAGAGGCCCUACAAGAAAUCUUCAAAUGGCAAGAAUGAGACCCGGUGAGAAGAAAAAAGUGGAUUUCAACAUAAAAGGCCAACCUAUUGGUGUGAAUAGAGCUUGUCUUGCAAGUUAUUGUGGCUCCCUUGUUAGAGAUCCUCUUAAUGCCCCACUUCAAAAGUUGAAAGUAUUUUCAGAAAUUCCAGAAGAGAAUAAGGAGAAGAUGUGGGAUCUUGUUCUGGUAUAAGUUUUUCUUGUUUAGUAAUAAAUAU